AGAACAAGGAAAGAGAAUCCGAUAGUCGUAAUAAAACCGUUGAAGGAUCCUCCCAGAAUGAGAGAAAUCUAAAGACGAUUGAAAACAGAAAACCCAAAAGAAGAGAGAGAGAGAGAGAGGAAAAGAAAACCCCAAAGAGAAGAACCAAAGGUUUCAAAGCCACAGAGAGAAGGAAAAGAAAAACCCAAAAGAGAAGAAACACCAAAGGUUCCAAUCCAAGAGAGAGAGAAGAAGAAGCACCAAAGGUUCUAAAGCCCACGACAGAGAAGAAACCCAAAAGAGAAGAAGCACCAGAGGUUCUAGAGAGAGAAGAAACCCAAAAGAGAAGAAGCACCAAAGGUUCUAGAGAGAGAGAGAGAGAGAGAGAGAGAGAGAUGAUGGAGAGCCAAGAACACAAGUUGCUUCUACCAAAGAGAAUUAUCCUUGUAAGGCAUGGAGAGAGCCAAGGCAACCUUGAUUAUUCAGUCUACACCACCACCCCUGAUUACAAGAUCUCCCUCACUCAACUGGGUCUAGAUCAGGCCCGCACCGCCGGAGAACGCAUCCGACGCAUUGUUUCUGAUGAUGGGCAGUCCCCAAAUUGGAAGGUCUACUUCUAUGUGUCUCCAUAUGAGCGGACUCUGUCGACGCUCCGCGAGAUUGGACGGUCCUUCUCAAAGAAGCGGAUAAUCGGGGUAAGGGAGGAGUGUAGGAUAAGGGAGCAAGACUUUGGAAAUUUCCAAGUGGAAGAGAGGAUGAAGGUGAUCAAGGAGACCAGAGAGCGGUUCGGACGCUUCUUCUUCCGCUUCCCAGAGGGCGAGUCGGCUGCCGAUGUCUUCGACAGAAUCUCCAGUUUCAUGGAGACACUGUGGAGGGACAUUGACAAUAACAGGCUCAACCGUGACAACAGCUCUGAGAUCAACCUGAAUCUGAUCAUCAUCUCGCACGGGCUCACCUCCCGUGUCUUCCUUACGAAAUGGUUCAAGUGGACAGUUGACCAGUUCGAGCGGCUCAACAAUUUCGGGAACUGCGACUUCCGGGUGAUGGAGUUGGGGGCAGGAGGAGAAUACAGCCUGGCCAUCAAUCACACUAAGGAAGAGAUGGAGGAAUGGGGGCUCUCAGCAGAGAUGAUAGCCGAUCAGCAAUGGCGGGCGUCGGCCCAGAGGGGUGACUGGAAUGAUCAUUGCCCAUGGCACCUUGAUGCUUUCUUUGCUGACCUGCCUGACUCAGACGAUGAUGCUACCGCUACCGAAGAUGUCAGUGUGGGAUUAGACUAAAAUGCAGAUUGUCAUUUUGUUUUGGCUGUGCCUAUAAUGGGAAUUCCUUCAUUGUUUCGAUUUGUAGUUCUAAUUCAUAUAGGAAAGGUAGAAGUGGGGGCUCUCAUUGCUCUUCAUUGACAGUUUGUUCAUGUAAGACAUGGAAUCCCCACCAAAGAGAGAAGGUUCUAUUCAACUAAUAAGACACUGGGCCAUCCAUAUGUGAAUGCUUAGAAAGGAAAUCCCAGUUUGGUGGUUCAACUGUAUUACAACAACAAUUACAAUUCAAUUUGAUAACGUAUUGUGUUUGUGUUCA